AUUUAAUGCCAGCGCCAGGGUUUAAAUGCCACCAAACAGUUGGUGUUAGGAGACAGAGCAGCCGCUGCUCAGCCACACACUCUGAGGAGGCUGCUCCCCGCCAGCCGCUUGCCCAUGGAGCUCUUCGAGACCAGCCCUUACUUCUUUCCAGACCAGAGAUUUUAUGAUGGCGAAAACUAUUUGAGCUCCCGUCUGCAGGGCUACGAGCAGGGGGUGUACCAGGAGCGGCCGGGCCUGGGGCUGUGUCCGGAGGGCAGGACAGGGCUGGAGGAGAAGGGCUCGCCCCUGCCUGAGCACUGCCCCGGCCAGUGUCUGCCCUGGGCGUGCAAGAUCUGCAAGAGGAAAACGGUCUCCAUCGACCGGCGCCGCGCCGCCACCCUGCGGGAGAAGCGGAGGUUAAAAAAGGUGAAUGAGGCCUUCGAGGCCCUGAAACGGAGCACGUUACUGAACCCCAACCAACGGCUGCCCAAGGUGGAGAUCCUGCGCAGCGCCAUCCAGUACAUCGAGCGCCUGCAGAGUCUGCUCAGCACCCUCAACCAGCAGGAGCGGGAGCAGAGGGACCUGCGUUACCGCAGCACUGCCUCGCAGCCAGGGGUGGCCAGUGAGUGUGGGUCCAACAGCGCCUCCUGCAGCCCAGAGUGGAGCACCCAGCUGGAGUUCAGCAGUCACCCUGGAGAUCACUUGUUAAAUGACGAGUCCUCUGAAGACCACAACCUCCACUCCCUGUCCUCAAUUGUUGAAAGCAUCGCGGUGGAGGAUGUGGCCGUCACGUUCCAAGAAGAGAGGGUUCAAAACUGAGGCUGGCGGAAGCCUCUGGGGCUUUUCAGAGUCUUCCCCGGCUGGUAAUGAGGUGGAAAUAUGGCACCAGAACUCUUCAGACACUGGAAAAUGUAUUUACCUGUCCAAAGUCAUAGACUGUAACUGGUGAAGCCACUUAUCCAAUUCCCUAAUCAUUGCAGAGUCUUUCCACUUGGUCAGCUAAGAGACAAAGGAUAAACCGGCUGUUUAAAAUGAAGCCUACAUUAAUACACAAGCUGGUGACCUGAUUUUCAGGGGUGCUGAGUCCCCACUUCAAUAGGAGUUAUGGGUUCUCGGCCUCUCUGAAAGAAAGGGCUAGAAGUGACUGAUCAAAGCAUUUUGACAUGAUUUAUUGUAACUGGUACUUAAGGGAGGGGGGGCAGAAGCAACACGACUUCCAUGUGAGAAGGAAGGAUUCCAGCGUGUGCUUUGUGUUUUGUUCCCUGUUUGUGGAAGUUUGUUUCUUUGGGGGCCAAUGUUUGUGUGUGGAGUUUUUUUAUUUUUUUUAAAGAUGCUGUUUGACCAACUUCCUUUGCCAGUUGGCGUUUUGCAGGCGCAGGAGCCAUGUAAAUGCUGCCAUCGGGGUCUUUUCUACUGAGCGCUGUGUGGAGUUGACGGGAUGGGGGUUUUUUAUUGUUAUUUUUGCUAACUUAUUUGGAUUUUUUUUUUUAAAUAAAGGCAGUCUCGUUUGAAA